CGAAUCGAACGGUGGAACGAAUGUAAAGGCGAUUAUUUUCUAAAAUGGCGCAUUGAACGUGUUAAAUUCAUCGCCCAUUAGGUGGUGGGCCGAUGCGAACCUCGAACCAACCACAUUCCAUCACCCCCAGUCGCACCUCUCCCCUCACAACCGACUCGCUGUGUACGCAAAUCAGCUGUUUGCACCCCCGCAGGAGUUUUGUUUUGAUGUCGGACAAUUAUUGAAUAACCUCAAUUUUGCUAGCCAUAACCUAAGUUUGUGCUACCAAACAAAUCGGCCUCCGUUGGUUGGCUGUGCCCUCAGCCUCCUCCGUGUGUGUACCGAGGCGAGCACCCAUUCGUUCAACCACCGACAUCUACUUGACAGCGCUCGCGCCCUCUGGUGGCAGACAAGCGUACCGGCGUACUCUGUUUUAUCUCCCACGAAGCACGCGUGUGUGUGGCUGUGGGUAUGUGUAUGUGUGCACAAGUGCCGAAGCUAAAAAGAGCUGUCAUUUCUCGAUGCGCGAUGGCAAGCGUGGGGUAACCGUGGCGUAGCGUGCCAGCCAUGAACCACAACAACCCAUUGCCUCCGCUUUGGCAAGUGGCAACUACUACCGGCGGACACCAGCCGCGAAUGAACAGCAGUGCCGGCAGCAGCACGAGCAAACUCACCGCCGGAAGCAUUUCCUCUGUGAAGUACGUGUCCAAUGCACGGCCUACCAUGAAAAUCAUCAACAUCCCCAACCAGCAGCAAGCGUCGAUGACGGCCACCAGCGAUGGGACGCUGCUUUUCGGCACGUCCAUCGGAGGAGCCGGUUCGUAUCUAACAGUGACGAACGAGCAGCGGCAAAUGCAGCCGCCACCACAGGUACGCCGACCGGUGACAACCACCACCACCACCACCCAUGCGGCACUGCUGAACGAAUCCAUCCUGCUGCAAACGCCGGACGGUCGGGAGUACCUGGUGGACGAACGGUCGAUACAGAACAUCGAUCAAAUACCGCCGGAAAACUUGAUCUACAUGACCGCUUCCGAAGCGCUGUCGGUGGUCGAUGCCGAUGACGUCGGCCAGCUCGCGAUUGUGGACGAAAGCCAGCUCGCGCUGCACGAUUACGUAGUGCCGGCGGAGGCGGCGAUCGAUCAAACACAGCACCAAGUACAAGAGCCCGCCACCUCCGCCGAGGCACAACAGUACGCGGAAGAGUGCGAGGUGACAGAGGAAGUGAUUACGGACGAUUGGGUGCAGCCGCAGGGCGAAGAGUGCGUGCAGGUGACGGUCGACCAGCUCGGUGUGAGUGCGGUCGUGGUGCAGGAGGAGGACGACAUUUCCGUCCCGCUCGACCAGGACCAGUACACGCUGUCGCGGCCGUAUCCGUGCGAUUUCUGCAGCCGGCGGUUUCGCAAGAAGAGCAGCCUGCAGAACCAUCUGAUGGCGCACUCGAACGAUCGGCCACACUGUUGCAACCUGUGCGGGGCACAGUACAGCCACCGGGCGGAUCUGAUCAACCAUCUGAAGCAGCACGCGUACUCCGUGGCGGAGCAGGACGAGCUGGCGCUGCGCAGUGACCAGGAAGCGGAAUAUGAUCUGCCCGAUCUGGGGCACACUUCCUCCGGCGCCGGCGGCCAUAGCAUGAAGCAUCGGUUGCGGCACUCGAGCGACGACGAAGACAUGUACAUCCAGAACUCGAUGGUGAGCUACAACUCGCAACCACCGAUGCAGCUGAUUUCCACCACGCAUUACGGUGCUUCUUCCUCGUCGACGAUCGGCUCUUCCUCGUACGCGCAUGACAUACCGAUGGAGCAGCCGCCUUACCUCGAGAGCGUUCCUCCCGUGCUGGAGCAAAAGUACGCGCUCGGCAAAAUGGAUCCGACCGGCCCGGCAACACUUUCCGUCACCAGCGGCACCACCGGCAAACGUACGCCGCGGAAAAAGCAAUCCCAAUCCACCCAGGAUACGCGAACGGCACGGACAAAGCCCGUGUUUGCCGCGAAAGUCGGCAGUCGGCAGAUUAAAAAAGAACCCCCGGAUCAUGGGGAAGGUGGUAACGCCAUAUCAUCGCCACCUCCCACGAGGACGGUCGCAGCGGACUGGCGCAAACCGUUCGUCUGUCAGCAGUGUGGCGCAUCGUUCGCGCGAGAGAAAGCGCUCCUUUCGCACGCCCGCACCCAUGCCGGCAGCACGCGCUACGAUUGCGCACUGUGUAAUGCGCAUUUUUGGGAGCAGUCGCUGCUGCGGGACCACGUGCAGCGAGCGCACCCGGCGCAGGAAGCUUGGGUGGCCGACCAUGAGCCGUACGGCAAUGCGCACGGAGCGAUAGAGCUGCCAGUGGUAGCCACCACCACCAAGCAGUACAAUUGUGAUAGCUGCAGUGCAGUUUUCUUCGAGCUGGACCAUCUACUGAACCAUACGCACCACGCGCACGGCACAUUCGAGCAGCAUCAGCAAUCGAGCUCUAACCGUAGUGUGUUGGUGAAGCAGGAACUGCUGCAAACCUCCAGCAAAGUGGAGCUGGAAAGUGACCGUGAAGCGGAAGCCACCGACCAGGAAGCGAUCGAGGAGGACGAGGAAGAGGAUGGCGAAGAGUACGAAAAUCUCGAGUACACGAUCGAACAUUACGAGCAGCAGGCGCCGCCGCCGCAGCGUUCGAACGAACCCGACCAGUCCGCGCUGACGUGUCGCGAUUGUGGGGAGUCGUUCGACAGCGCGAUGGAUUUGCUCGAACACAGUGAGGUGCACGGUGGUGGCGCCGCCCAGUACGAACCGCUCGAGUGUCAGCUGUGCGGGGAGAAGUUCCCGGACGAGGCCAACAUCAAGCAGCACGUGCAGGACCGGCACCGGGACGAGCUGACCGCAACAUCGUGCGCGAUCUGCGGCAAGCGCUGCAAAAGCCAAACCACGCUGAUGAAGCACGCGUGGGACCAUUCGCGCGAGCGGGCCCACUCCUGCUCGAAGUGUGGCAAAACGUUCCACCACAUGACGCGGCUGAAGCGGCACAUGGACUCGCACCGCAACAAGGCGGUCCGGUGUGAGGUGUGCAAGGAAGAGUUCCCGGACGGCCGGACCCUGAUGAACCAUCGCCAUUCGCACACGAAAUCGAACGAGUAUCCGUGCCACGAGUGUGGCAAAACGUUCGGUUCGCGCUCGUCGCAGCAGAUCCACAUGCGCAUCCACACGGGGGAGCGGCCGUACGCGUGCCGGUUCUGCUGGAAAGCGUUCGCCGAUGGGGGCACGCUGCGCAAGCACGAGCGCAUCCACACGGGCGAGAAACCGUACGCGUGCCCCGUCUGCCCGAAAGCGUUCAAUCAGCGCGUGGUGCUGCGCGAACACAUCCGGGCGCAUCAUUCGCAGGCGGACGCGAAGCGCGGCUCGCCGGAUCAGCCGUACUACUGCACGGUUUGCAGCUCACCGUUCGGCACGACCGCCGAUCUGGUGCAGCAUCUGAUCGAGCACAGUGACACGAACACGGCGAUGAAGCGCAAACCGCCCACCUUCCCGCGCAAGUACAAGCGGCGCCGAAAGCUGAAACCGCACGAGCUCGAGCGGCUGCAGAGCGGCCGGCGGAAGCAGAAAUCCAAGCGCCAGAUGGACAAUGAGGAGGAGGAGGAGAGGAAGAGGAGGAGGACGAUGACGAUGGGAGUGGGGGUAGUGGGAAUCAAUUCGAGGACGGUACGACAGCGCGCACAACGGAUCGCACGGUGGUGGAACGAGCGCGCGGCGAUAGUAAACCAACCGGCUCCUCGUUCGUUCGCUACCAUCCGGACGGGACGCGCAAAGCAAGCACGCGCGAAAUGUACCUUGAGUAUGACGACAUGGGAGGAGGGAGCGCCACGCAUGCCCCCAAGGCAUCCUCGCAAGGUAUGCUGGACGUCAAUGGGAUCAAUCUGCUGAGCAAUGUUGUGCUGCUGCACGGACAGCAGGAAGAGCCGUCCCACGCGCACAACAACAACCAUCUGCCCGAAUCUCCUCCCCAGCACAUGUUCGGGGAGUU